GGUUCGAAAAAUGUUAAAUCUUGCAAGAAGUGUGUUGGUGUUACAUGGAAGAUCCACACACACCCGGAGAAAAAUAUUUGCGUUGCAACGAUUUAUUAGGUUGUAUUGUAAAACCGAAGGACCCACCAGCGUCGACUUUACACAAAUUCCAGUAGACCGAAUUCGCAAUUUUAGCAUAAUUGCACACGUAGAUCAUGGUAAAAGUACGCUUGCGGACCGGCUUCUCGAAUUUACGGGAGCAAUUAGAGAGAACAGUGGGCAGAAUCAGAUUUUGGAUAAACUACAAGUCGAGAGGGAGCGAGGAAUCACGGUUAAGGCACAAAGUGUGUCGUUGUUGUAUCAGUACAAGGGCGACAAUUAUUUAUUAAAUUUGAUUGAUACACCCGGCCAUGUAGAUUUUUCAAGUGAGGUAUCCAGGUCACUAUCGGCGUGCCAAGGAGUAGUCUUAUUAGUCGAUGCUAACGAUGGCGUGCAAGCACAAACCGUCGCCAACUUUUACCUCGCUUUUGGGAAAGACUUGACCAUCGUACCCGUAAUCAACAAAAUCGAUUUGAAAAAUGCCGACCCUGACAGAGUCACGAGACAGCUAAAGUCGCUGUUUGACAUAGAACCUUAUGACGUUUUACGGAUUUCAGCCAAGUUAGGAAUUGGGGUUAAAGCGGUGAUAGAAGCCAUAAUCGAGCAAAUACCUCCCCCUGCAGUGAACCGACAAUCCCCUUUCAGAGCCCUCUUGUUUGACAGUUGGUUCGACAAGUACAGGGGGGCCCUCUCACUAAUUUUCAUUCAAGACGGCAACAUCAAAGUCGGUGAUGAAAUCCAGUCGUGCCACACCAAGAAAACUUACAACGUAAAGUCGCUAGCUUUGUUAAGACCGCAGGAAGACCCUAUCACACAACUAGUCGCUGGUCAGAUAGGUUUAGUUGGGUGUAAUAUGCGCUCUAGUAAAGAAGCCCACAUAGGUGAUACUAUAUACAACCCGUCGUGUCCCGUUGAGCCCUUACAAGGCUUUGAGCCCUCUCGACCAAUGGUGUUCGCGGGCGUGUACCCGAUGGACCAAUCGCAGCACGUCAAUCUGCGCAGUGCGAUCGAGAAGUUGGCUCUGAACGACUCCGCCGUCACUGUUGAGGUCGAUUCAAGCCCGGCUUUGGGGCAAGGUUGGAGGUUAGGAUUUUUGGGACUUUUACAUUUAGAGGUGUUUUCGCAGAGGUUGCAACAAGAAUACGGGGCGGAGCCGAUUCUGACCGCGCCCUCAGUAACCUAUAAGCUUCGGAUGAAGCCGAAUAAGCACAACGUGAAGACUGGGCGCGAGAUUUUCGUUAAUAAUCCAGCUUUGUUUCCCGAUUUUAUGCAAAUCGAGGAGGCUUUUGAGCCGAUGGUUGUCGGGACGAUUAUCACUCCUGAUAAGUACUUGGGGGGGAUAAUUUCGUUGUGUAUGGAGAGGCGCGGGGUGCAGAGGAGUGCGACGAAUAUUGACAAUGAACGGGUGAUGUUGCAGUAUGAUUUACCGUUGUGUGAGAUAAUUGUGGAUUUUCAUGAUAGUUUGAAAACGAUUUCGUCGGGGUAUGCCAGUUUUGACUAUGAAGAUAACGGGUACCAAAGUAGCAGUUUAGUUAAAUUGGGUAUUUUAUUGAAUGGCGUAGUCGUGGAGGAACUCAGUAAUAUUGUUCAUAUCACGAAAGCGCAAACUAUCGGGAGGCGGAUGGUUUUAAAGUUGAAGGAUAUAAUACCGAGACAGAUGGUCCAAAUUGCCGUGCAGGCGGUGUGCAACGGGAAAAUAUUAGCAAGAGAAAAUAUAAGAGCUUAUAGGAAAGACGUCACAGCAAAAUUGUAUGGGGGCGACGUCACUCGAAGAAUGAAACUCCUGGCGCAACAAGCAGCAGGCAAAAAGAAAAUGAGAAUGGUUGCCAACAUCUCUUUACCAAGAGAAACAUUUAUAGACGUUCUAAAAAAAUAAGGUUAAUGUUUUUGUACACAAUAGAGCCAGUGGCGUAACAAUAACUCUACGGGCCUGUGUUCUACAACACUGUGGGGCCCCUAAUGAACAGCGAAAUAAAAAUUAUUUAAAAAUACGAGUAUAAUGAGUAAAGUAUGAGUAUAUUGCAAUUAGGGCUUA